AUGAGGUGGGUUUUCGAAGCCACCCGUGCCGGCCGAAGGGUGGAGUUGGUGGCCAUGGCGGUUGGCGUGAGCCACCCUAGGACCGGUCUUGGUGGUCCCUGGCCCCGAGCCCCUGUUUCCGAGAUGGCCACCCUCAGGAGUCAGCUGAUUCAGACGUUCGCCAAAGAGGAUAUUGUUCCUCAAAAUAAGAUCACCGUCGUAGGGGUUGGUUCGGUGGGCAUGGCGUGUGCCGUCAGCAUCUUAAUGAAGGGCCUGACGGACGAGCUCGCCCUUGUUGAUGCCAUGGAGAAUAAACUGAAAGGAGAAAUGAUGGACCUCCAGCACGGCAGCCUGUUCCUUAAAAUGCCGAAGAUCGUCUCCGGCAAAGACUACAGCGUGACCGCCAACUCCAAGCUGGUGGUGAUCACGGCGGGUGCCCGCCAAGUGGAGGGAGAGACCCGCCUCGACUUGGUCAAGCGAAACGUGGACAUCUUCAAAUUGAUCGUUCCCAACAUCAUCCAGCACAGCCCCAACUGCAAGUUACUCGUGGUGUCCAAUCCAGUGGACAUCUUGACGUACGUGGCCUGGAAGAUCAGCGGCUUCCCCCCGAACCGGAUUAUCGGGAGCGGCUGCAACCUGGACUCUUCCAGAUUCCGCUACCUCCUGGGGGAGAGGCUGGGCCUCCAUUCCGCCAGCUGCCACGGCUGGAUCCUCGGGGAGCACGGAGACUCGAGCGUGCCCGUGUGGAGUGGGGUGAACGUUGCCGGUGUCUUUCUGAAGGGUCUGUACCCCGAAUUCGGCACCGACGCGGACAAGGAGCGGUGGAAAGAUGUUCACAAGGAGGUGGUCGACUGCGCCUACGAGGUCAUCCGAGCCAAGGGCUACACCUGUUGGGCCAUCGGCUUCUCGGUGGCCGACCUGGCGGAAAGCAUUAUGAAGAACCUCAGGCGGGUGCACCCCAUUUCCACCAUGAUUAAGGGUCUGUACGGGAUCAAAGAGGAAGUCUUCCUCAGCGUGCCUUGCGUCUUAGGCCAGAACGGCAUCUUGGAUGUGGUGAAGAUCCCCCUGAUGCCCGAGGAGGAGGCGCAACUGAAAAAGAGCGCGGAUACCCUGUGGGGAAUUCAGAAGGACCUGCGCUUUUAAGGCCUCCUCGACGGAUGCUCUGCCCCAGUCCGGUAGUAGGUCGGGGGUUGGGCGGGUGCCCCCGUCCUGCCGGUCGCCCAUUAAGCACCGGUUGUCAAGCUGGAAGCCCAAUGCGUGGAUUUCAGCUUUGAAAGUGGGAAAAGUUGUCUGUUCAACCCGGGAGCUCUAGUUUGACACUGGGUGAAAGAUCUCAUCCAGUCCUUUUGCAGUAGGUUUGCGGUCCAGAAGUGGGGUGGGGGAGAUGGGGGGGUGUUUCCGCAAGGUGGACGGGAUCUCAAGCGGUACUGCGGAAGAGGAAUCCCAAUCCCAGCAAAGUGCUGAGGAGUGCCAUUAUUUUGGGAGCUAUAUAUCGGGAUCGUACAUUUUCCUAAAGUGCCCCCCCAUGCCUCUGUCUCUAAGUAUCCCACCUCCCUUCUUUCCAAUAAACCGGCAACUGCUAA